AUGCCAGGGAGGAGGUCAUCCGCCCAGCGGGUCAAACGAGGCUGGGUAUGGAAUCAGUUUUUUGUGCUGGAGGAAUACAUGGGCUCUGAACCCCAGUAUGUGGGAAAGCUUCAUUCUGACUUGGACAAGGGAGCGGGCACUGUUAAAUACACCCUCUCAGGAGAUGGAGCUGGCACAGUGUUUACCAUCGACGAGACCACAGGGGACAUACACGCCAUAAGGAGCCUUGAUAGAGAAGAAAAGCCUUUCUACACACUCCGUGCUCAGGCUGUGGACAUAGACACCAGGAAACCACUGGAGCCUGAAUCAGAGUUCAUCAUCAAAGUGCAGGACAUUAAUGAUAAUGAGCCAAAGUUCCUAGAUGGUCCAUAUGUUGCCAGUGUACCAGAAAUGUCUCCAGUGGGCGCAUACGUGCUUCAGGUUAAAGCUACAGAUGCUGACGAUCCAACAUACGGAAACAGUGCCAGAGUGGUUUAUAGCAUUCUUCAGGGGCAACCAUACUUCUCCAUUGAUCCUAAGACAGGUGUAAUAAGAACAGCUUUGCCAAACAUGGACAGAGAGGUCAAAGAACAAUAUCAAGUCCUCAUCCAAGCCAAGGAUAUGGGAGGACAGCUGGGAGGAUUAGCUGGAACUACCACUGUAAACAUAACUCUCACCGAUGUCAAUGACAACCCACCCAGGUUUCCCAAGAGUAUCUUCCAUUUGAAAGUACCCGAGUCCUCACUUGUUGGUUCAGCCAUUGGAAGAAUCAGAGCUGUGGAUCCUGACUUUGGGAAAAAUGCAGAAAUUGAAUACAACAUUGUCCCAGGAGAUGGAGGGAAUUUAUUUGACAUCACCACAGAUGAGAACACCCAGGAAGGGGUCAUCAAACUGAAAAAGCCAUUAGACUUUGAAACAAAAAAGGCAUAUACCUUUAAAGUAGAGGCCUCCAAUGUUCAUCUUGAUCAUCGAUUCCACUCUGUGGGUCCAUUCAAAGAUACAGCCACUGUGAAGAUCAAUGUGUUGGAUGUGGAUGAACCUCCAGUUUUCAGCAAGCCUAUGUACACCAUGGAGGUUUAUGAGGAUACUCCUGUUGGGACGAUUAUAGGUGCUGUAACUGCACAGGACCUUGAUGUUGGCAGCAGUUCUGUUAGGUACUUCAUAGAUCGGAAGAGUGAUUCAGACAGCUACUUUACAAUAGAUGGAUCUGAAGGAACCAUUGCAACUAAUGAAUUACUGGACAGAGAAAGCACCGCACAGUACAAUUUCUCUAUAAUUGCAAGUAAAGUUAGUAAUCCAUUACUAACCAGCAAGGUCAAUGUUAUAAUAAAUGUCUUAGAUGUCAACGAAUUUCCUCCAGAAAUUUCAGUGCCAUAUGAGACAUCUGUAUGUGAAAACGCAAAACCGGGACAGGUAAUUCAGACUGUCAGUGCUGCGGACAAAGAUUUGUCCCCUGCUGGACAAAGGUUUUCCUUUAGACUGUCACCUGAGGCGUCCACCAAACCAAAUUUCACAGUCCAAGACUACAGGAACAACACAGCUGGAAUUGAAACCAGGAGAAGUGGCUACAGCCGUAGGCAGCAAGACUUGUAUUUCCUCCCAGUUGUGAUAGAAGACAGCAGCUAUCCUGUACAGAGCAGCACAAACACAAUGACUAUCCACGUUUGUAGAUGCGAUUCUGAUGGUACCAUCCUAUCCUGCAAUGUUGAAGCAAUCUUCCUACCAGUUGGACUCAGCACAGGAGCUUUGAUCGCAAUAUUGCUGUGUAUUGUUAUACUUCUAGUCAUUGUUGUGCUGUACGUAGCACUUCGAAGGCAGAAGAAAAAAGACACCCUGAUGACCUCUAAAGAAGACAUCAGAGACAAUGUUAUCCAUUAUGAUGAUGAAGGAGGUGGGGAGGAAGACACCCAGGCUUUCGACAUCGGUGCCCUGAGGAAUCCAAAAGUGAUUGAAGAUAACAAAAUACGCAGGGAUAUAAAACCAGACUCUCUAUGUUUCCCACGUCAGAGACCACCAGUGGAAGACAACACAGACAUAAGAGAUUUCAUUAAUCAAAGGCUGCAGGAAAACGAUGCGGAUCCCACUGCACCCCCUUAUGAUUCACUGGCAACCUAUGCCUAUGAAGGAAAUGGAUCUGUAGCAGAGUCUCUGAGCUCUAUAGAUUCACUUACUACAGAUGCAGACCAGGAUUACGAUUACCUGAGUGACUGGGGACCCCGCUUUAAAGUCUUGGCAGAGAUGUUCGGCAUCGACAUUGGAAGCGGUGCA